AUGCACGCUUCUCACGGCCGGGGCUCCGCCCAGCGGGGACACUUGGCGCCGGCCGCGGGGACGCCCAGAGGAGACACCACGUAUUCUGACCCAGAAGAGUUCGCGGAGCCUUUCUACGAUCUGCAUGGCGGAUGCUACCCCGAGGCGUCCGGCUACGGAAGGCGACUGCAUGAGUACUUCGGCGACGCCUACGCCUCUCCUGGCUAUGGCCCAGAAGGCUCUCCGUUCGCGAUGCCGCCCGUCGAACUCGACGACCGCGCGAGACACGAUUUCGCGACCGAGCAGGCGCUCCUUCUGCAGAUGAUUCACAGCCAAGGCAGCGAACAGUGCUUCGCGCCGCAGUCGCGCGGGUGCUUUCCCCCCGGGCAAGGGGACUCUCCUCGCGCCGCCAAAGAUCUCCACGUCCCCUCAGUCUCCACCUGCGCGGCCUCUGCGCGGUCUUCCCCUCCGCCGUCUGGCAAGCAGCGCUGCGACCCAGACGCCGUGCGUGCGCCCCACGAGGCGCCGCACCCUGCAAGUUCGCAUGCAGCCUCUGUCCACAGCUCCGGCCACGCGCUGCGCGGGUUCCGGGGCGGCAAUGUCGAGCGCGAGGCCACCGUCGCAACGCCGCGGGAAGUCGCUGCGUCGCGUGGGUUCGUGGGCGACUCAGAGCGCGCGGCGUUCUACUUUGCGCGCGCGACGGAUGCGCAGCCCGAAUCGACCGACGCGUUCGUCUCCUUCGAGGCGACCUACGGCCGGCGGGGCCUCGAGUCGCCGUCGCGGGAGGCCUUUCGCGACGGCCGCGGACGCCCCAGCUCGCCCAGAGAGAAGCGAGAAGCCGCCGGAGAAGAGGGCCUCGGCGCUCCCAGUGGAGAUCGCAGCGGAGAUCGCAGUGGAGAUUGCAGUGGAGAUUGCAGUGGAGAUCGCAGUGGAGAUCGCAGUGGAGAUCGCAGUGGAGAUCGCAGCGGAGAUCGCAGUGGAGAUCGCAGUGGAGAUUGCAGUGGAGAUCGCAGUGGAGAUCGCAGUGGAGGUCGCAGUGGAGAUCGCAGUGAAUCUGGUCGACUGCCUUUGUCUCCUCAAGGAAGACAGGCAGAACCGUGUUUACCGUGGAGCCGAGAUGCGCCUGCUGGCAGUGGAUCCGCAGGCGCGGGAGCAACCCGCGAAUGGCUGCGGCCGGACCUGGAGCCUCGCCAGCCCGUGAACAGUCCGACUGCGCUGCAGGCGGCCUCGCAGGUGAGCUUCGACGGGGAGAAGGCCGCGCUCGGGACGCCGUCCACUCCCGGCAGCGGCGCUUCAGCAGAUCCUGCGGCGCGGGCGCCGGCUUCUCACGGCUCCGCUAGCUCCAGCGUGGCGGAGGCGCACGCGCCAAGGCGCGACAAGCGAGACAGCCGCGCGCGUCCGGCGGGGCUGUUGCGCGGCGAGAAGGCGCACGGCACUGGGGCCUCGGAGGCUCGACCCGCGCGCGGCGGGGUGUCCUGGGCCGUGCCCCAGGCGCGGAAGUUUGAGGACGACGAAAGUCACAGCGCGGAGAGCGGGACCGGAAACGAGCAGGACGGGGAGCCGCGAGAAGACGAUGAUCUGGUGUAUCUUCAGAACAUGGCCUCGGUGGCCACGCGGAUGGCGUUGCCGAAGAACAAGCGGCUGUCGCCGGACGAUUUCCAGCUGUUGCGCGUCAUUGGGAAAGGAUCUUACGGGAAAGUGAUGCUCGUCCAGUUCCACCAAGACGGCGGCGUGUACGCGAUGAAGAUGCUCCGGAAAGAAGCCGUCGUGCGGCGGAACCAAGUCGAACACACGCGCACGGAACGGGACGUCCUCGCGUGGGUGUCCCACCCUUUCAUUGUCCAGAUGCACUACGCGUUUCAAACCCGAAAAAAACUUUACUUUGUCCUCGAAUACUGCCCUGGCGGCGAGUUGUUCUUCCACCUCUCCCGUGCGGGCCGGUUCAAGGAGUACGCGGCGUGUUUUUACGCGGCGGAAGUGCUCCUGGCGCUCGAGCACCUGCACAAGUACAACGUGGUGUAUCGCGACCUGAAGCCCGAGAACGUCUUGCUCGACGAGCACGGCCACGUGCGCCUCACCGACUUUGGCUUAUCGAAGGAAGGCGUCGAAGACAACUGCAGCGCCCGCUCGCUCUGCGGAACGCCCGAGUACCUCGCUCCGGAAAUCCUGAACCAGCAGGGACACGGCAAGGCGGUCGACUGGUGGAGCCUCGGCGCGCUCAUCUACGAAAUGCUCACGGGACUGCCCCCGUUCUACACUGGCGACCGGGAGCGCCUCUUCGAGAACAUCCGCAGCUCCGAGCUCCAGUACCCGUCGUACAUGUCGCGGACGGCGGUCCACCUGCUGCGCGGCCUUUUCCAGCGCGACCCGAACCAAAGGCUGGGCGGCGGCCCCGGCGAUGCAGAAGAGAUCAAGAGAGGGCCUGAGCUGCGCAUCUGGUGCGGUCUGUAUGCUUGGCGACUCUCGCGGGUUCCCUUUCUUGCCUGCAUGCACAUGGAGCGCCUGUACAUGCCUGGAAUCCUCGACAGGCGCGCGGCGGUCCAAAGAGCGGCCCCCGCGCGUUCAGCGGCUCCGCUCUUCGGUGUAUCCUUCCUGGUUCUGCGUCGUGUCUCGCGCGUCAAAGGCGCUCCCCACGGGGCUCUGGCCGCUCGGUUUUGUGCGUGCGCUCAGCGUCACCCGUUUUUCGGCCGCAUCGACUGGGAGGCGCUGCAGGCGAAGCGCAUGCGGCCGCCGUUCCGACCGCGGCUGCAGUCCCCGACAGACGUCCAGUACUUCGACAACGAAUUCGUCAAGUUGCCGGUGAUCAACUCAGAAGUGCACGAAUCCCCGAUCGGCGUGGCUGCGGGCGAGCCGCACGCGGGAACGCCCGGCGCGUUCUGGGGCAGAGCGGGCGUCGUUACCAGCAGCGUUGUCCAGCACGCGGCGUCUGCGUACCCAGCGGAAGGUGUGAAGCCUUCAAAGACUGGCCACGGCGCAGCUUCGUGCGCGGCGGGAGUCGCUUCCGCCCCGGCUUUGCCCGGCACAGUGUCACCCACUGCCCAGCCCGCACCGGGCCUCGUCGGCCAGGCGCGAGGAACCCCGCGGGGCUGUGCGAAAGACGCUCUGGGGUCGGAGGGACGCGAGUUCGCUGCUGCGGGCGCGGCUCUCGGAGGCGAUCGGUCCGACGCCCUGCGGGAUGGGCCGAGACCGGCCUUGUGGGAGGCGUUGCCAGCGCCGUUCGCGACGGGCGCAGCCAACUCUGUGCCUCCGGAAGCGACGAAGGCGGAGGCGCCGCGACCUGCGGACCAGUACAGCUCCGCGGCGUACGGGCAAGCGAUGCAUGCCAACAUAUUCGUUCCGGCCCCUGCAGACGACGAGAGCGACGACUCGAUGUUUGAAGGUUUCACCUACGACGAACGCGACGCGAGCGCCCUGGGCGAAGCGGCUGCGGCUACUUCUUGGUAA